UUUUGAUAACUUAGCCGGAAAUCCCCGUGGAGCUUCUCGUGGUAGCUGACGACAGAACGAGCGCCGCUUCUCAAACACAAAAGAUGCAGACAUCUCCGGGACUCGAUCAUGGAACUUUCACUCCCGGACUCUAUGUUCUGAUACCCCCAUCGUUUCUAUCGAUCCUCCCGUAAAACCCCCCCCCCCCCACUCCACAACCACCCCCCGGGUGUAAAGAUGUCCAUCGUAACGGUUCAGCUCGGUCAGUGCGGUAACCAGGUGGGUCCCGAGGUGUUCGACGUCAUCAGCAGCGACGCCCUGGAGGGACAGAAGAAAGCGUUCUGCGCAGCGGCCCGCGAGCGGUUCUUCCACCAAACACCCCGCGGAGAGCUGGUGGCCAGGGCGGUCCUGGUAGACAUGGAGCCCAAAGUGAUCAACCACAGCGUGAGCAGGGCCGCAAAGUCCGGCGCGUGGAGGUACGGAGAGGCUUCCCACUUCAGCCAGAAGCAGGGCUCUGGAAACAACUGGGCCAACGGGUACUGCGUCCACGGGCCGCGUCACAGGGACGUGGUGGAGGAGCUGGUGAGGCGAGAGGUGGAGCGCUGCGACCGGUUGGCCGGCCUCAUGGCCAUGAUGAGCGUGGCGGGGGGGACGGGGUCCGGCGUCGGUACUUACGUCACCCAGUGUCUGCGAGACACCUACCCAAAGUCCUUCAUCCUCAACCACCUCACGUGGCCCUACGGGACCGGCGAGGUGAUUGUCCAGAACUACAACUCGGUGCUGACGCUGGCGCACCUCUACCAGCUGUCGGACGCCAUCCUGGUGCACGAGAACGACACGGUGCACAGGAUCUGCGGCCGGCUGCUCAACAUCAAACACAUCUCCUUCGGCGACGUCAACCGCGUGAUCGCUCACCAGCUGGCCAGCGUCCUGCAGCCCGCGCUCACCGCCGACUCCCGAGGAGCCUACGGCAGAAACCCCCUGGGGGAGCUGGCGAGCGCCCUCUCGUGCCACCCGGAGUACAAGCUGCUCAGUGUGUGCACCGUCCCCCAGGUGCCCAGUUCCUCCAUGGCCUACAGCACGUUCAGCUGGCCGAGCCUGCUCAAACACCUGCGACAGAUGCUCGUCUCCAACACCAAGAUGGAGGAAGGUAUCGACUGGCAGGUCCGUCCGCCUGGUGGUUCGGCGCGGACCGGGAGUCCCGCGGGAUCCGGCUUUAACCGGUCCCUGGCCAACCUGCUCGUAUUGAGAGGGAAAGACGUGUACAGCGCAGAGACAGGGGGCUUUGAGGACCCGGCCCUGUACACCUCCUGGCUCUCACCAGAAGAAGCGUUCAGUUUGUGGAAAUCCCCUGUGCCUUUUAAUAAGUAUGAGAAAUGUGCAACGCUGGUCAGUAACAGCCAGGCUCUGCUCAGACCUCUGGAUGACAUGGUGGGGAAAGCUUGGAAUAUGUUUGCAUCCAGGGCCUACCUCCACCAGUACAUGAAGUUUGGGAUCUCAGAGGAGGACUUUCUAGACUGCUUCACAUCCAUUGAGCAAGUCGUCUCCAGCUACAGUCAACUGCACUGAAGGGAGAAAACUAACCAGCACCAGCUGGUGCUUUGGACUGCAGAGAAUACCACUGUGUGGCACAUUGCUGCUUUUUAGUAUUUCAAUUAAAAUGUAUUUUAAUUCCAUA